AUGCCGUUCACGCCAGAGUUCAUUCCACUGGCGAAGCAGAAGGAGAUGUUUGCCAUCAGCUCCUGGCGCGACUCGCCGCAGACUGCCGCCUCAAUGCAGCCGAUGGUGUUAAGCCCCGCCGCCUUGCCGGAGGCCCAGUCUGAGAAGGACGGUGCUUCGCCAAGCAAAGGGGGGCAUCGCUCGCGCAGGGGGCGUCGUGGGAAAAAUCGACUAUCCCAGCGGCAGCAGGACCUGGAUGAUUUCUUCGUCAACUGCGUGCUUCCAAAGGGAGUCUCAUUUGCCACACUCAACUCGGAGCUGAACUGUAACGCCACGACGCCGCUUCGUGCCUACGACGUUGGGACGCCGCGCGUACUGUUUGCCAGAAGGAACUGUGGCAUGCCAUCCGGCGCCACUGAGCAGGGCAGCGCGGAACAAGCCAGUGGUAUUGAUGCCGCCAACUCCACUGCAGCUGGCACGACAACGCCGGCGCCGCCCGUAUUACCAGCAGGAUCUGACUCUAGCAUUAACAAUAAUAAUAAUAAUGCUGCAGCCGCCUGUGCCGCUCCUGCUUCAGAGGCAGGUGCUCCCAUUCUUGCGCCGGCAGCUGCGCCGGACGUUUCAGCGGAAGUAGCAACCAGGGGUGAUUUGACGACAUUGACGCGCAAAUUAAGCCACAACGCCGUGACUCUCUCACCGUUUCGCACGCCUAUGGCGUUAGCGCCCGGGGCGACCCCUAUGACGCCGGCCGACGACAGCGACGAGUCACCAGGCGGCGGUCUGCCCCCCGACCUCGUCCUCCCGCCGUCUGUCCCUUCUGAAAUACUUUCACGGGGGCACCUCAUUUCUCUUCUCUAUGCCGAAAGUAGCGAGGCGGAGAAGGCCAGUGAGUGGCUGCAGAAAAAGUGGCCGCAGGCGACGGUGAUGGUUGUGGCUCGCAAUCGCUCCAUCCUGAACGCCUCGCUGGUCUUAAAGGGACUCCCAAGCCUGUCCAAGACGGAGCGCAUCAUUGAGGAGGUCGAAAAGGUCACACCGCAGAAGCCGUCGUACAUUCGCCUGCAUCGCAGUGAAAGGGGGGUAUUCAAGAACGUUGUCUUUGUGAAGUACCCCAACCGCGAGGUUGCGGAGGAAAGUAAGCUGCGCCUUGAGCGAUUUUUCAUUGGCUCGCGCCAACUCAAGGUGGAGUUUAAAAAGAAGGAAAAGGGGGCGGCGGAGCGGGAGCGGGAAACUUCCCUGCAGCACCUGGUCCGUGACCUCCGUGUCAGCACGGAACACGAGGGUUUCGUGUGCCAGCGCAGCGAGCUCAGCAAGGAUGAGCUGAAGCUUCUGAAGCAGCUCUGCCACUCCUACGGCCUCUCCUUCGACCUCACCGAGCAGAAGGUGACGGUGAAGCGCAUCCUGCCAGGCGGCGACCGUCAUUCACCGGCGCUGCGACCCGGCCACAACACGCAGUUGAACUGGGGACAACCCACACCCGGGGCGCUGCGACCGAUGGACUUCAAGGGCAUACGUCACUGGGGGGAGCUGCGGAGCAGCUACGCCUCCCUCGGGAUUGCGCGGCCGAAGGGGCCUUACACCGUCCCGGCCUUUUCCCCUGGUCGGGGGCGACCGGUGUAG